CGGGGCCCGCCGCAGAGGGGCAGUGCCAGCCAAGAGUCCUCUGCGCGCUGCUGCCGCGGCGCUUCACAUCGUCUCUGACAGCCCCGGCGCCGGUAACCGCGACCCUCACUACCUCGAGCAGCCGCCGCGGCCUCCAUCGCAGCCUGAAUCCGGUUCCUUGCCUCCGCGCCCACAUCCGGGGGCAGUCCGGCUCGCAGUCCCUGCGGAGGCCGCAUCUGGUACGCAUCUGGAACCGCCCGGCCGGCCGCGCUGGAGCCCGCGCCCAACCUGGCCCGGCCGCGCCGGGAGCCCUGCCCGGAGCUGGAGCCUCCCCUGGAACCGCGGGCCCGGGGCCCUGAGCUGCGCAGCCGGCGCAUGGUGAACUCGUUGCUGUUCGGAGAGAUGGCUUUGGCCUUCGGCUGUCCGCCGGGCGGCGGCGGCGGCGGCGGCGGCGGCGGGGGCUGCCCCGGCGGUGGUGGUGGCGGCGGCGGCGGGGCCGGGCCAGGGCCAUCGCCAGUGACGGCGGCACUGCGGGACGACCUGGGCUCCAACAUCCAUCUCUUGAAGGGGCUCAACGUGCGCUUCCGCUGUUUCCUGGCUAAGGUGCACGAGCUGGAGCGGCGCAACCGGCUGCUAGAGAAGCAGCUGGAGCAGCAGCAGAGCGAGCGCGAGCGUCGGCUGCGCUACAGGACAUUCACCCGUGAGCAGGCCGUGCAGACCGGGCCCGAUCUGCUACGGCCACCAGCGCCCGGCAGCGGGCAUGGCAUUGGCAGCGGCGCGGCGGCCGGCACCAAUGCCAAUGCCGUGGCCCUGGGCGGCCUGCCCCCGGGCGGCGGCUCUCACCCGCAGCUCUACGGCCGCCUGCCUGGGACCAUCUGGAGCUACACGCAGGUGCGGCGCACGGGCGGCGGCGGCGUGGAGACCGUGCAGGGCCCCGGCGUGUCGUGGGUGCAUCCCGACGGCGUGGGCGUGCAGAUCGAUACCAUCACGCCCGAGAUCCGCGCGCUCUACAACGUGCUGGCCAAGGUGAAGCGCGAGCGCGACGAGUACAAGCGGAGAUGGGAGGAGGAGCUGGCCAAGAACAUGAACCUGCAGACCGUGGUGGACACGCUGAAGGAGGCAGCACAGGAGGCGGAAGCCAUCCAGGAGGAGAUGAACGAGACGAUCGAGAGGCUGAAGGCUGAGCUGGUGGUGUUUAAGGGGCUCAUGAGUGAUCCCAUGACAGACCUGGACACAAAGAUCCAAGAAAAGGCCAUGAAGGUGGACAUGGACAUCUGCCGCCGAAUCGAUAUCACGGCCAAGCUGUGCGAUGUCGCACAGCAGCGGAACUCGGAAGACGUGUCCAAGAUCUUCCAGGUGGUCCCCAAGAAGAAAGAGCGUAAGGUGACUUCGGACGAUGACAUCUCGGAGCAAGACGGGGAGGUGAACCGGUUCCCAGACGAGGAAGUCGGCUCCAUGAACAUCACCGACGAGAUGAAACGCAUGUUUAACCAGCUGCGGGAGACUUUUGACUUUGACGACGACUGCGACAGCCUGACGUGGGAAGAGAAUGAGGACACGCUGCUGCUCUGGGAGGACUUCACCAACUGCAACCCCUCCAUCGACCUGCAGGGCGAGCAAGAGGAAAACUUGGGCAACUUGAUCCACGAGACGGAAUCCUUCUUCAAGACGAGAGACAAGGAGUACCAGGAAACGAUAGGCCAGAUCGAGCUGGAGCUGGCCACGGCCAAGAGCGACAUGAACCGCCACCUGCACGAGUACAUGGAGAUGUGCAGCAUGAAGCGGGGCCUGGACGUGCAGAUGGAGACCUGCCGCCGCCUCAUCAAAGGCUCCGCCGACAGGAAUUCACCGUCCCCCAGCUCCGUGGCCAGCAGUGACUCAGGAAGUACAGACGAGAUUCAGGACGAGUUUGAGCGGGAGGCAGACGUGGAGCCCAUGGUCAGCUGAUGACUGAGUCCCCGGUGCCUGGUGGUCUUGGUGACGGGGCCUCCGCCCCCCUCCCCACGAAGCUGGGAAGGCUCCUCGGAGUGGGGCCCCGGUCCUCACCACACAGACUUCCUCUGCCCUCCCUUCUCUGGAGGCCCCGAGGGACCGCUGCUUCCUCCCUCCCUCCCUCCCACCCAUCAACCAGUGCCCCCGUCCACCCACCCACCCAAGGAAUGGUGCUCUCAAUUUCUAUUCUCCGUGUUACAAAUGCAGACUUCUGUCCAGAUGAUGCAGUGUUAACCGUGCCUUUUCCCUUAAGCUGAGCCACUUUGAGCUCCAAAGAAUUAUUCCAAGCAGGUGUUUUUAUACAAAACUUGAAGGUGAGGGCGGGGCCCCGAGGGGUAUAGUGCGGUUUUCUACCCUCCCACUGCUCCUCUGAUUGGCCAGGACCUCUGCCCUCCUCUCCUCUGCUGGCCGGCGCUCAGCGAGCCGGGCCUGGGGUGGUCCGCCUCCGCCCGGGACAGAGCUGUUUGCCUCUGCCAACUCCCCUGGGUGGGGACCUCCCAAGGGGUUUUCCACUUAUCAAAAGGGGAAAGGAUGGAAGGAGGGAGGGGAGACAAAUUUUUAUUUUCUUUUGGGAUCGAGUGGCGAAGCGGAGGGACAAGGCACGGUGGGGGGAAAGGCGGAGCCUCACUGUGUUUAAACCACUAUGCAAAAAACAAAACACACACACACACACAAAAGCAGCUUGCCUUAUACAUUGUGGAAGGCAGGCCCUCUCCCAGACUCCUGAUUUUCCCUUGGGGCUGGGAGGGAGGCCACGGCUUGCGCGACGUCUCUCGCGGCCUCUGAAGGGGUGUGUUCAAGGUCAAUAAGGAGGCCUUCGGCUGCCUGUUCGCUUUCUUGGGACCUCUGUGGGUUUGGAGGGCCUUUUACUGCCCUCACGACUUGAUGUUUUCCCUCUCCUCCCAGCCAACUCUACGGCAUUCUGGGUCUUUAAUUUCUCUGUGAGAAAGUCUGAAGGGGGGCCAGGCCUUCCUCCGUGGAGCCCUGUUGGGCCCACCUGCCGCCACCUCAGUUCUCCAUGGGCCCCGGCCGCCCACUGUUUGGCCACGGGCCUGCACGGGACAGUGACGAGGGGCAGGCAGUGAGGGCUGCUGGGAGAGCGGAGGUGGCGGGAGCUGGCGCUCGAGUGAGAUCCAUCCUUGCUGGACAGAUGCUAGCUUCUUGCCCCACUUCUCUCGACUGACCGGCUGGGGUGUUAACGGGGCCCGUCUCUCCCCAAGACCUGAGUGGACCAGCGUUGAAGAGCGCUGUGUUUGGGCUGCCCGCCAGAUCUCAGCUUGGAGCCAGCUGACCCGGUUUUGCUUUUUACAAAAACAAACAAUUCUUUUGUACCCAUUCCUGUGGGUCUGAUGGCCGGUUUUUGCUUUUGUUGGCCCGACAGCUCCCCCUGGAGGUCAAAGGAGCACACUGUGCCCCUGGGGCCAGAGUCCCUGACCAUCCACUGCUUCUGUCUAGAGGCGGAGGCGGGGCUCUCGCUCUGGGUAGGUUUUGGUCCCCAGUCCUUCCUCCCCAGGGUACCAACCACCUUUAAGGGCCUUCUUUCUCCUCUGUUUCCCGCACCUGUUUUGCAGUCUUAAAACCAUUGUACAUAAUAUUCACAGAAUAUAUAUAUAGAGAGAGAGAGAAAGCGAGAGAGAAAGAGCGAGUUAGUGAUGGCGUGUUGUUUUUAUUUAUCAGCACUUGGCAGCCUCUAUCUUUUUUCCUAAUUUUUCCUUUUUGUUGUCGUUGGGGGAAUGAGGGACUGUUGCCUGUGGCAGUCUGGCUGAGAGGCUCCUGGGCCCCGAGUCUCUCAGUCACCGCACACACAGGCCCUUGGUAGGUACAGGGAGGGCCAGGGGUUUGGGGGGAGAGACAGCCCCUCCCCUCCUCCUUACCGACCCUUGUUCUAAAGGUUACAGGGUUCAGACACACCUGCCUAGUAUUGCUGUUACUGUUAUUGUCGUUUUAGUUUAGCUUUAUUUUAACCAAAGGUUAUCAGAGCCAGUUGGGCUUGAACCUCAGCUGCUGAAAAGAGUUUCCGUUUCCAGGGGCAGGGCAGGCAAUGGCUGCCCCCGCAGCCUCCACCGUCCAGGGCUGUGGGAGGCAUCGAAGGGUGUGGUCUGGUGGAAGCCAGCCCCGCGUUGUUCCUGGGUUGGGGGGGGGGGGGGGGGGGGGGCGACAGACCUAUUUUAGAAUUAAGACGGAAAGGCAACAGUGUAGUUUGAGGGUGACUAAGGUCGCCAUGGUGACUGGCGUCCGGUGGUUUAUUCUUGCUUUCCCCUUUGUCGACAUUGGGGAUACGGGACCCUGAAUUUGUCCAAGGACUAUGGGAAGGGCAGGAGCCAGAGACAGGCACUGGCUGAGAAGUUUCUUUCUGCCAGUGGUUGGUUGUCGAUAGCUAUGAUAGCUGUGUUCUCCCGGGGAGCAAGGGUUUGGGGCAGGCAGGUCGGGGGAGGGGGACCAGCAAGGGUGCGGCUGGCCUGUUUCCUGGGCAGGGCCCUGGGUCUUGGCCUGGCUCCCUCCUCUCCCACCAAGUUCUUUUUUGAGUUAGUCGCCCUGCUUGUCCCCUCGCCGUGAGCCCACGGCUCGCCAAGAAAGACCCCAACGCUCUCUGAGGCAGCCCCAGGUCCGGACGGGACGCGCUGGGCCGUCCUUUGUAAAGCUGUAAAUACUUGAUUUUGGUUUUCUAUUGCUCAGCCCAGGGUCACAUUGACACUGGUAUUUUAGGCUGUUCUCCGGCGGGCUCUCCUGGGCUGCCCUCUCUCACACUCUCCUAUUUCAGGGGGGUUUAUACACAGAGAGGGUUGGGGAGGGGCAGGGACAGCAAUUCAUUUUGGUUCCCUGGUUGUGAAACGCACACACACACACACACACGCACACACACACUCCUCGUGAACGCGUUUUGUUUUCUUGUGGCAAUAUGUCUCGAGGUCUCGGAAGGGCGAGUCCGUCUCGAACUUGGCUCUGUGGAUACAGCUCAGACUUUGGCUUGGGAUGAGGGAGAGGGUGCGGGGCAGGGGAUAACUUAAGCUAAAUGUAGUCUAUUUAUAAAGCAAGAUCCUCUUAUCUAUUUUUGUGAAAGGAAGGGUUUUUUAAUCUAGGGUAGGCAGUUGUGGGCGCCCAGCAUUUUUCUGUGGGCACGGUGCAUGUUGCUCCUGGAUUUAAUAUAAUCGGUACCCCUGUCUUCCCCGUCCCCCUGUCCUCACCACCUACUCAUCCACCCCCAUGAGCGGCUUCGGCAGACUAUAGACCCCACCUCACCCCAUUUCCCUGUACCCUGAUCCCCCCAGCUCCUGGGUCCUUGGAAGUCUUAGGGGGGAGGGCACUUGUGGGGGUGGGUGGCCAGUGGGGAAUUCAGAAUUGAGGUAGGCGGGGGGGAGGGAGAGGGGGCACUAGACCGGGGACCAGCUCUGCUUCGAGAGUGGGCUCCAGUUGGCUUCUCGAACUAUGCCAAGAUCCACUUCCAAAUCAGCUGUGUUUGGGAGGGUGUGGGUGGCAACGGGGCUCGGGGUUCAGGUGCCACACGGCUUCCUUGGGGCUGUUAGGCAGCUGGCACCGGCGUGGAAGUGCCAUGAGGUGCCCACAGCCCUGGCUGUACCCACUGCCUGGGCUGCCGAUCUUUAUGCCCUCCUUCGGGGCCCAGGAUGAGGGAUUAGGGUGCUGGGGGCUCCCCCAGACCUGCGUCCUCUACCUGGAGACUCCAAGCUCUGGUCCUAGGACACUCGUCUACAGUGGGCGUCUGGAGAUGACCGGGUGGGUGUGGGUGAAGGUGGGUUCUCUCUGGAAGGGAGUUUUCCGUGGGUGGGAGAUUUCCAGGCUCGGGGGGGGGGGCGUGUGUUAGUCUUGGGGCAAAUCCCUCACUCUUCUUGCUGCCAAGCCCUCAAAGAAAUGAGGCAGAGGCACCCGCUACCCCCAAGAUCCCUUCGUGGACAUUUUAGCACCUCUGUGAUUUGUAAUCCCCACCCCCCCACUGUUGCUGUUUGUCUGCCAGCUGGGUGUAGCGUCAAGGCGGGGGGAGUGGUUCUACUCAUUGAAAGACUACUGAUCCUACCAGGAAACCAACCUGUUUACUGUACUGUUGUAAAUAUCAUGCCCUUUAUAUCCUGUAUAUUGGCUUCUUUUAAAUAAAGUGAAAUGUCUUAGAA